AUGGAGCCCUCCAGGAAGCUGCCAAAGACGUUGUCGCAGGGGGAUGCGGGGAGACGUUUACAGACGGAUGCGGAACCACCCAAAAAUUGCGACAUUAGACUUAAGCGCUCUGACGUGGAGGCGGCCUUUGCUUUCUUCGAUGUACAGAACAAAAAAGAAUUGAAGCCGCGCGACCUGAAGACGCGCCUCGCUGCCUUUUACCCCAACAUGACAAACAAGGAGUUGAAAUUCCUUCUUGAUGAGUCCACGGACGGCAGCUUUACCGUGGAGUCGCUUUGGAACAUCAUCAACAACUACAAUGGGAUGCAAACCUCCACGGUGGCAGCGAAUAGCUUGACGUUCGAUCCCGUGAAGGAGGCGUUUAACAUUUACGACCCGGAAGGUCGCGGUGUUGUUGAUGUGGAGGUGUUGUCCGGCAUCAUGAAGCGCAUUGGAUUUGGGGAUCUCUCGCAGGAGGAGAUGAAGCUGUUGAUUCAAACUGCAGACUUUGAUAAGGACGGGAAUAUCAACCUCGAAGACUUUCGGAAUCUCUUGAAAAUAGAUAGGUAG